CACUGUCAAUGUCACAUUUACUUUCGUCAUGUCAUUUGUGUUGUUUGUGAAAUAGUUGCUUACAGAAAGGAAUAUAAGCAUACGACAGCAAUAUUUUACAAUAUUAUUUCAAACAGAUAACCAAAAUCGAUGCAAAAAUGCCAUUAACAAAAACGGAAGCACUAAAAGAAACUGUGACGGUGUUAAUAAAUGCUAUAGGAGAUAAGGAGAACUCAGUCAACAAUGUUGUCAUAAAGUCCCUUACGAAGAUAGCGAAUAACUACCCGAAUGAAGUGAUUGAUAUAUUUUGCGAUUAUUACAAGAACGCGACGUUCGUCACUAGUACACAUUUGGGAAAUGUUGUAAAAGUCCUGGAACAAACAUGCGUCAACCAAGUGAAGAGGCUGGACAAGGCCACAGCAGAAGAGUUGACGAGCAACAUGCUCCGCAUAAUGACGGAAAACCCGGAGCCGGAUCCUGCUGUGCAAAUGGGGGCGUCGGCAGUGCUGGUCGCGAUUGGACAUGAACAUCUGGAUUUGGUCCUCCGCUCGCUCAUAAACCAGCUGCCAGCGUCGUCAGUGCCUCACUACACGAUUGCACACACGCUGGGCACGCUAGCUGCAGUCAACACACGUGCAACAGUGCCUCAUGUUAAGGAGGUGCUGUCCAGGAUGCUGCCUCUGCUGCCGCUGCUGCGUCAGAACGCCAACAAGCAGGCUUUUGCUUAUGCAUUCGGCCACUUCGCUGUCGCCGUAUCAGAGCAGAUCGGCGACAACGUCGAAAAUGACAACAUCACCUCCAUCAAAGACAACUUUGUCACCGAAUUCUCUCUCAUAUUCGACGUCUUAUACAACCAAUUGCUGCCUUCCAACGAGCCUAGAGUCGCCGAGUCCGUACUGGAGGCCUUAGGCCCCAUCACUAGACUCAUAUCUGAAAGACAAUUCAACGAUACUGUCAAUAAAUUCAUGCUUUCAUUGCUCAGUCUUUACAGAAGACCGCAACUGAAUCUGUAUUACGUCAGUCAAUGUAUAUCGUAUUUACUUACGCCAUCGGCUCUAAACCCGAAACUAACUUUGCAAGACAGCGUAAUAACGUCUAUAAACCAUGUCCUCUUCAAUUUAGUUCUCUUAGAACCUGAUUACGAUCAGCCGCAUACAGUGAAAAACCAUUUCGAAGUACUACGCUGCUUCGAUCAUAUGACCACGCAGUUUUCUGACCACACUGUCGAAGGACUCUUUCACCAGUGUAAAAAUAAUCAGGAAAAGGACAGAAUGAAAGCUGUCAUCGUUCUCACACAUCUGAUCACGUCUUCGCAAAUAUUUAUCGAAAGAUACGCCGCGAAGUUUAUAGUUUUACUCAAAAUUAUGAUUGCGAACGAGCAGGGGCUCAAAAUGAAAAAGUUACUCGUCAAAGCGAUCGUGGGAUUGGUUUAUAGAAACUGUAUAACGGUUGCGGAAGAUUUCGCGAUGGUCGAAUUCAUAAUAAAACACUGUGGCUUCGAACCAGUAGGGAAUAUCCCUAAGCAUGAGCUCACAGAUUUGCACGAUACGUGUAAGAGUUCGCUAGUGCUGAUGUGCAAUACUGUGACCAGCGUUAGAACCCCUCUACGCAAUUUAUUGCUCAAUGCUUUGACAGUUGAAGAGUUCACUCCUUCCAUGUCAACCAUCAGCCAUUGCUUGACGUCCUUACUCCAGAACAACUCUGACGUCAUUAUUGAAGAUCAAAAUGAGAAAGCUGUUGAGCUAAAAUGCUCUCCAGACCUUGUUUUCAUUAGAUGCAUUACUCACAUAGCUGUACCUGAAGAGAUCGAAAGGAACAGGAACCUAUUGUUGUUUUUAGAGGAAUAUUCAGGAGAUGUUCAUAAGAAUUUAAAGAACUCCUGGACAGUUGAGAUUCAGAGGCUUUUAAAGUUUGUAGAAAAGAACGAAUCUCAAGAUCAGUGGCAUGGGAUGUUGCUUGAUCUCUUAGUGUCAGCAGUGGAACAGGUUAACAAUAAUAAGUGGGUAGAAACGAUUGCCACUUUGCUAUCCCAACAGAUAAACGGGAAAAAGCAGGGAAAUAUGAUUAAAGGGAUAUCUCUUCAGUAUUUAGCUAUUCUUUCUUGCCACAUGUCUAAUGCUGCUGUUGUGGAAAAAGUGCUAAAACUGAUUCUACAUCAGUUGAGAUCGAUACCUAUGGAGAUUUCUGAUUAUGUCAGUGAAGCUAUAGGUAUAGCUUCAAGACAGCAUGGAGAAUUCGUGCUAAACGAGCUAGACGCAGCUUACAAGGACAAUGAAGCUCGAAGAAGCAGCAAAUUGCUUAAUUUCUUAUCAUCAAGAGCGUCUAGAAGCGACGUUGAGCUUGGCAUCGUUAAAUACACCAUCAUUAUUUGCUACGGAAAAGUAGCUCACAAUUGCUUGGAUGUCCACGUUUUAGCAAGACUCGGGGAGAAUGUUACAGCGAUACUGUAUGAAAUUUUGAAGUCUAAUCCGCAGUUUGACUUAUGUAAAGCUAGUAUAACUACGCUAUAUGAAAUAAGCAAAGCAUUAUACCCCGCCUCUCACCAUAAUAUCACUUUAAGGAACAGAUGGCAGUUGCUUAAUGCAGUUUUAGAGCAGAUCUACAACUCAAACCUAGAGAAACGUAAUGUGGAACUGUAUCCGAUGAUUGUAAAAGCUUCUAAAGCGCUAACUAAACUACAGAAGGGAAUUUUACCUGAAGAAAGGAAUACGAUUCUCCGCGUUUUAUUCAACAGCGUCUUUGGAGAACUAUCCUCUUAUAAAAGGAAAUAUGAAAUGGAAGGUAAUGGAGAUAGAAACGAUCUUUUAGCUAAGACUUUAAAUGACAGUUUGUCAUUACUACACAGACUGAUCCAAGAACUGAUCAUACAAUCAACUUGCCUUAGCACGAUCGAUGAUUUAAUCGGAUUGCUGAUCGAAUGGCUUCGACACGAAAACGAUGAAAUUAGAACCGCAUCGAUACUGAUCUUACAAGUCAUGUUCGAUACUUACAUGAAGAAUGUUAAACUCAACUAUGAAACGCCAAGCAAAUUUGGGCAAAUGGGUUAUCUACUGGGAUUAAUCGUCCCAGGCAUCGCUGACACCAACUUCCCAGUCAGACUAACCACAAUAGACUGCGUAAAACUGAUCAUACAAAUCCAAGAUUUAUACGAAGGCCACACGAUAGAACCUAACGAUGAAUGCAUGGUCGAUUUAGCUGAAAUGCAAAAAAAUGUCCUUACGAAUGAUUUAGGUAUGAUAAACGAUUACUGCAUGAUGUUAUGCGAUGUUAUAUCUCCUAAAAUUCCUCAUCAUCACACGAUGCAGUUUGUUGAAAGUUUGCUAGAAGGUUAUGAUGACCAGGAGUUGAGAAGCGAGGGUGUUAGUGCUGUGUUAGACGCCUUGUUUAUAAAGCGAGGUCAGGAUUUGUUUCAGUGUGUAGAGAGGAUAGUGGAAGUGGUGUUGGGGACUAUGGAUCGUGUGGGGGAAGUGUCUAGAGAGAAACUGAUGGCGCCGCUUCUGUCCUUGUCCGGGCAUCACACUAAUGCGGUCACUGCUAUGCUGUUGGCUCAGAGGCUGCCUUUUAAAGAAUCGGUAGUCAGCUGCUGGCGCCAUCUAGCGAGAAACGAAGGCCUGGCGAACGCCAUUGUGGACAACUUCUUACGUCUCAUGUGGUCUAUAGAGCUAUACGAGGACCCGUAUCAUAUCACGGAGAAUCAUAUCGCGGCGUUACAGCCCUUGACUCUAAUAAGCGCUCUCGGAGACAUGCUUCAAGAGGAGACUAUGAACCCGAUCUGCGAGUCCAAAUUCACGGACCUUUUUGCUGUGCUCUACACAACCUUAGCCUGUUAUAUAGAAGCCGAGCCUCCGGCCUACGCGCCUGCUCAGAAUAAGUCUCAAGAACGCUUCGGAUUCAUUCCCAAUAGAGACUCGAUUAGGCUGUCGCCUGCCAAGAUCACUAUUGACACGUUUAAUGCGUUUUUGGAUAGAGCUGGAUGUACUAAGGUGAAAGAAGCCUGCUCUCUCUGUCUAAGCGUUGAACACGGCGACCCCAGCACGACCAUUCUCGAACUAGCCCCCAUACUAAGUUCGUCCAUCGCCCGCUGCAAACCGGCUUUGUUACCUAAACUAGUGUCCCGAGUGGCUGUGCAUGCUAGGAGCGCUUUACCUCCGCAAAGAGCCGCGGCGCACGCUGCCGCUCAUGCUGCGCUCACUUACAGAUGCAACGACAACCCAGUGCUCAUCGAGACAGUCCUGGCCAUCCUGAGUAUAGGCUGGAAAGACGAGCACGCUCGAGUCCGUGCGACGUGCCUGCGCGGCGCGGCAGGUGUUGCUCAGUUACGACCGGAGCACCGCGCGCACGCGCUGCCCGGGGCGCUGACCGCGCUCAGUCAGGGCAUAGAUGCCCCAGUUACACAAAAAUCAACAGAAAACGUGCCUUUGGCUGCCAUCCAAGGCCUAAGCCGCCUUCUCCUCGACUUGGACAAACUAGACAAGGAACACGACCGGGAACUCCUUUCGAUCUCCCAAAAAAUACGACCAUUCAUGAACACGGAGUCCGGACAGCUUCGAGAGAGCUCUAUAAGGCUGUUCGGUAUUAUAGCAGGGCUGGUUAAGGCCGAGCUGGUCGAGCAGGCCGUGAGCUCGCUGCCUUGUUUCCUGCUGCAUUUGUGUGACAACAACCCCGCUGUUGUCAGGGCAAGCAAAUUCACCCUCAAGCAGGUAUUCAAGAUCUUCAACGUAAAGAAAUCCAACGAUCUCAUCCAAACGCACCUACUAGACGAAGGCCGAUUGUACCUCGACGAGUUUCUAUCGGCGUUGCUGCGUCAGUUGGCGGACGAGAUGCCAAGCAGUGUGGCCAAGUGUAUCCAGAGCAGUGUCAACUAUUUACACUGUGCCAGAGAGGAUAUGAAGCCCCAUCCGCCUUUAUUGAUAGGUCUCCUCUACGCAGAGCUCCACCGCAUAUCCGAGAAACACCCUGAUGAUGUAGACCUCGACCCCGACGUGACGGCCACCGCCAAGACCCGCCUCCUGGCGCUCAUCAAGGACCCCAACCCCAUCGUCCGGCAGAACUCGGCCCUGGCCCUGGCUAACAUAUGCCUGGUUGAGGCGAGCGAUUGACCCGCACCGAUAUAUUGUUACAGGGGUGUUCAGUUUAAGAAACAAUUUUGAACA